UCAGGGGCUGAAAAAAUACGCAUAGCACUGAAAGAAAUGGUUGGUAUAAAACUGUCGUACAUAUGGAUCAUUGUCUGGAAGUUUGCCGCUCCUGCAACGAGCCUGCUGCUCUUCUUCUUCUGCUUGAUCUACUACCAUCCGCUCAAGUACCCCACCGGUGAAGACUAUCCAGUAUGGGCUAAUGCCUUUGGAUGGUUCCUAUCAUCAUGUUCAAUGAUCGUAAUUCCCGGAUAUGCAUUAUAUUACUUAUUAUGCACUAACAAGCAUAUCUCAAUCAAAGAGGUAAUAUUACAUUGA